AUGGAGCCAAGUACCUGUAAGACCAGCGAAUCAGAGGAAGACUAUGAUGAAGAAGAGGAAUCCGAGGAGGAGUGUGAUAAGGGGGAAGUUACCAUCCCUCCUAACCCUUCUCAGCAAUCACUCUCAAAGACCGACUGUAAGGCAAUUCAGAACGAAGUUGCCUUAUCCAUUGUAGCCACAAAAAUUCUGGAAAAAGUCACAACCCCAGCUGGCCUAGGUGAUUUAGGGGUUGGGAGAAGAAAGAGAAGGCAGAAAUGCAGAGCCCUGGCCAUCAACCUGACCAACUGCAGGUAUGAGAGUGUGCGUCGGGCAGCCCAGAUGUGCGGCCUGAAGGAGGUGGGGGAAGAUGAAGAGUGGACCGUGUACUGGACAGACUGCUCUGUCUCACUGGAACGAGUCAUGGACAUGAAGAGGUUUCAGAAAAUCAACCACUUCCCUGGCAUGACAGAAAUCUGCCGCAAAGACCUGCUGGCUCGGAACCUGAAGCGCAUGCAGAAGAUCUAUCCCCUAGAGUACAACAUCUUCCCGCGUACCUGGUGCCUCCCCGCAGACUACGGGGACUUCCAGGCCUCCGGUCGUCAGCGGAAGACCCGCACGUUUAUCUGCAAGCCAGACAGUGGCUGUCAGGGCCGCGGCAUCUUUAUCACCCGAAACCCCCGGGACAUCAAGCCAGGAGAGCACAUGAUCUGCCAGCAGUACAUCUCCAAGCCUUUCCUCAUUGAUGGCUUCAAGUUUGACAUGCGAAUCUAUGUCCUGCUUACGUCCUGUGACCCCCUUCGGAUCUUCAUGUAUGAGGAGGGCCUGGCCCGCUUUGCCACCAUGCCCUACGUGGAGCCCAAUCACAGCAACCUGGAGGAUGUCUGCAUGCACCUGACCAACUAUGCUAUCAACAAACACAACGAGAACUUUGUCCGGGAUGAUGCUGUGGGCAGUAAGAGGAAGCUGUCGACACUCAACGCCUGGCUGCGAGAACAUGGCUACAACCCCCGAGAGAUGUGGGGGAGCAUCGAGGACAUCAUCAUCAAAACUAUCAUCUCAGCCCAUUCUGUUCUUCGCCACAACUACCGAACCUGUUUUCCCCAAUAUCUGAGUGGAGGUACUUGUGCCUGUUUUGAGAUCCUUGGUUUUGACGUCUUGCUGGACCACAAGCUGAAGCCCUGGCUGCUGGAGGUGAACCACUCGCCAAGCUUCACCACUGACUCACGCCUGGAUCAGGAGGUGAAAGACGCGCUCCUCUAUGACGCCAUGGUCCUCCUCAACCUCCGGGGCUGUGACAAAAGGAAGGUGCAGGAGGAAGAGAAGCGGCGAGUCAAAGAGCGGCUUUUCCAGUGCCACCAAGAGCAGCGAGAAGCCAGGCGUGAACAAACUGAGUUGUCCCAGGCAGCACUGUUGGACCAGGAAUGCUAUGAGGACUCCCACCUUGGGGGCUACCGGAGGAUCUACCCUGGGCCUGACACAGAGAAGUAUGCACCCUUCUUCAAGCACAGUGGCUCCCUCUUCCAGGAGACAGCGGCCUCCAAGGCCAGAGAGGAGUGCGCCAGGCAGCAACUGGAAGAGAUCCGCCUCAAGCAGGAGCAGCAAGAGAACACAGACAUUAAGAGGACAAAGGAAAACAAGGAGCAGAACCAGGGGGAAUCAGCAGGGGAGAAGAGCCGCUGCAGGACCAGGCUCCGGGGCAUUCCCACCCACUUGGCUUACAGGAACCGGAACCGGAAGAAAGAGCUGCUACCAGUGUACCUGGACACCAUGCAGCCUCAAGAAAUUGUGGAAGAGGAGGAGCUGGAGCGGUUGAAGGCCCUGCUACGAAGGGAGAAUCUCAUCCGAAGCAUGGGUGUUGUAGAGCAGAUCACCAGCGUGGUGCACCCCAGCCACCAGGACCAGAAAAAGUUUCAUGAGUAUUGGCCCAGGAACUUCAACUGGAUAAGAGAUCCAGCCACCUUUCGCCCCUGUUCAUUGUCAGUGAAGAAAUCUGGAGGGCGCUGUUUUCCCAUUCCCAGAGUCAGGCCCAACAGCCAAGGCCAAGCCAGCAGGCGGCUAGAAGCCAUAAACAGAGCCAUGGCAGGAUCAGUGCCAUCCUCUUUAACCCCAAAGCAGGGCUUUUUCCUGCAACGGGAAAGAGUGGUAAGUAGCCCAUGGAGUGAAUGCACCUUGGCCUCCACGGUAAACUGUGAACACAAAGCAGCCAAGGCCCAGGACCUCCCCCUCUGCCCUGCCUCCGCACCCCUGAUGUAG